GGCGAAUGGCGAAUGGCGACAGCUGUGUCAAGGGUGAAUUUGGUGGAGUUUGUUUGGAAAGCGGGGAGCUGCCGGGUACCUGAGAGGGUCAGCCUUAACCGUCCCUUCGAUCGCGCUUAUCAACUAAAUUGAUGCGCUAACCAUCAGCACAACCUUUGCAACCGCAGUGAGUCGAGCGACCAUCAACAAUGGCCGCACUCGCGGCGGCGGCGGCGGCGCCCGACUAUCGCGCCCCUUCAAUCGAUCCCGACGUGCAGACGACCCUCUCCGACUUCCUCACCUACACCGAACACUUCCCCUCCCACCUCACGCGUGCCCUGACCCUCAUCGAGCAUCAACGCGUACGCGCGGAGCAGAAGAUCAAGCUCAUCCACGACCACACCACCGCAUACAGCAUCCGGCCGAAGUUGCAGAACAAGCCGGAUCCGGUGUUGCUGCGCAAGGAGGUCAGCUAUGCGCUCGAGGAAGCGGAGCGCGCGUGUCGCAUGGCGGUGGAGGAGGCGACGAGGCUGGAUGAGACGUGUCGCCGUGAGGCAAGACGCCUCGACACCGUCACUGAACGCCUCAAGGCACAGCCUAUGCCACCAUCACGUGACCCAACCCCGGAGCAGCAGCCUUUGACCUCGCCAAAUCUGAAGCGUGAGCGGCGCAUGAGUAUGGGCAUGAGCAUGCGCGCAGACGACGCGAAGCCGGAGAAGGCGAGCCGGCAUCUGACGGACAAGGCUGCGACGAAGCUGCGCGGGCGCAAGAUCAUGGUUCCCGGCGAAGUACUGCCCCCGCCCGACCCAAAUGCGCCGCUGGAGAGUAUCUCCGACUACACUUCCCCGCGCGUCUCACCCCCGGCGGAGGAGAUGUCGUCACCGAAUGAGAAGAAGACCACGCCUCGGCCUCGCUCACGCACUCCAAAACUGCCGAAGACCGACCGCGACAGGAAGCUGAUGAAAGCAAGGGGACCUCGCGCGCCAGGCCAACCGGGCACGAAUGCACAUUCGGCUGUGGCUGGCAUCAGCACCUCAAACGCUCUCUUAGCUCUCACUGCACCGCCCGACGAUGCCGUCAAAGGCAGUCGAUGGUUGCCGUGGAUGAAACUAACCGAGUUCGAGAUGGCCAAACUCCGCAAACGCAUGAAGAAGAACGCCAUCUGGGUGCCAUCGCAGACGAUGGUCCGUCGCGAGCUGAAGAACCUCGGCCGCGGGGUCGGAGGGAAAGAAGCUGCGAAACAGGUAGCCAAAGACGGCGGUGCAGCGUUCGUCGACGAGCCGAAUGAGUCCGACCCGACGAAAGUGGUCGUCACGGGUGAGGAGACGGCGACGAUGAACGCCAUGCUCGGCCCGCAGAUAUACGCAGAUGACGAAGAUGCAGACGCGGAGCUCAUCAACCGUGGCAUGCGGUUGAACGAAGCGAAGAAGCUAAAACGGCUGCGCAUGCUCGAAGAACAAGCCCUGCAAGCGCAGAUCGCCCGGGAGCAAGGCGUGGAACCGCCAACCGAGCCGAAAGCGGCCAGCGACACUACGGUGGACGUCUCGAAGAAGCGCAAGCGAGAUGUAACUCCAGCUACAACCCUGCCUUCCGCGCGGGGGCAAGAAACACCGGAUCCGCUAUCGAAGCCCGGGCCGCCACCGAAGAAACUCAAGAUCAGCACCAGCACACAAGGCACCAAAAUCCCCCUGGCACCCGCCGGCGUCUCGUCCUCGCCCAAGUCGGCAGGUACCCGCAGCAGCCGUCGCGCCGCCACGCCCGAAGCGGCGCGGAAGCCCACCUUGAUCCUGAAAGCGGGCAAAGCCGUCUCGGAAGAACCACCGAACCGUCGCGCCAGUCUGCGGAGGGGCAGUAAUGCGAGUCUGCCGACUGGCACCCUUUUGACCUCGCCCCUGCGGAGUAGCACUACCGUGAAGCCGAGCGGGGGUGGGAAUCGCAGGAGUAAACGGCCUGCUCCGGGGAUCCUUGCGCAGACGGACGAUGGCGAUGCGAAAGUCGGCGUCUCGAAGCGGAAGGCUGCGCCUAAGCGGAAGGGCACGGGUGGUGCUGGUGCUGGUGCUGGUGCUGGUGCUGGUGGCAAAAGUGUGAACACCUCCGCCACUGAUCAAACAACCACUCUCCAACCCGCCUUCGAGCCAGCAGGAGGAGUCGGCGCAGUUGGAGGUGGAGGGGAAGACUACAUCGACCCGGACGAGCCGCGCUACUGCGUCUGCGGCAACGUGAGUUACGGCACGAUGAUUGCUUGUGAUAACGAGGAUGCGUGCGAGAAGGAGUGGUUCCACCUCGAUUGUGUCGGGUUGGAGGAUUUGCCGCCGAGGAGGACGAAGUGGUAUUGUCCGGAUUGUAGGAAGAAACUGAGGCUUGGGGUGGGCACGAAUGGGCUGGUGGGGAGGCAGGUGGGGAGGUGAGGUGGGGGUUUACGAUAAGGCUACUGUUGGGUUUGGGCUGUUGCUGGUCAGCGCUACCAAUGUCCUAGCAAGAGUCUUGGGUCCGCUCGAUUGCGCGAAAUGAGCGCAAAGCCUCGAGGCACUAUCUCGCAACACGAGCUUCGAAAGCAUACUACAAACUCGCUUGAACGCUCCCGGCAGAACU